CACACAGAGACACAUAGCAACAAAAUUAGUCCUAAACAGAUUAAUUAAAAGAUUAAUCAUUUAGAUUAAUAGCUAAUUAAAGCAAGCCCUCAAAUGUUAGAUAUAUGAGCACACACCCUCCUCAGAUUCUCACACCAUAACCCCCUCUCUCUCAACUUCACACUCCAAUGAAAGAUCCUAAGAUCAAGAAACACCACCACCAGCAGCCAUGGCGGCCGAUAACAGCAAGCUACUGCUGCUCAUCAGAAGAUCGAGUGAUAUUCAAGAGCCUGAGCAGCUGCAGGCCCUCAAAGUCAGAGCUGUCCAAGAACAUAGGGGUGCCAAUGCCAUCAUUCAGGAAGAUGUCCUUCUCGGACGUGAGCCUGAAUGGAUCCUCCUCUGCGAGGAUCAAUGAGGAUCUUGCACAGUCCUUUGCAGGGGAGCUGUACAACUUUGAGCUUAGCGAGCUACGUGGGAUAACACAAAAUUUCUCCAGCAAUUUCUUGCUUGGGGAAGGAGGUUUUGGGAGGGUGCAUAAAGGGUAUGUGGAUGACAAGCUCAGGCCAGGGUUGAAGGCUCAGCCUGUUGCUGUUAAGCUUCUUGAUAUCGAAGGCCUCCAGGGCCACCGCGAAUGGCUUGCUGAAGUGAUCUUUUUAGGACAGCUAAGGCACCAAAAUCUGGUUAAGUUAAUAGGGUAUUGUUGUGAAGAUGAAGAGAGGGUUCUUGUCUAUGAGUUCAUGGCACGAGGUAGCUUGGAGAAUCAUUUGUUCAAGAGGAUGUCAAUUUCAUUGCCAUGGGGAACAAGACUGAAGAUUUCCAUAGGAGCAGCAAAGGGACUAGCUUUCUUGCACGGUGCUGAAAAACCAGUAAUCUACCGUGACUUCAAGACAUCUAACAUUUUGCUAGAUUCGGAUUUCAAUGCAAAACUAUCAGAUUUUGGAUUAGCAAAAAUGGGACCAGAAGGGUCAAAUACUCAUGUCACGACACGUGUGAUGGGAACUUAUGGCUAUGCUGCUCCUGAAUACAUCAGCACAGGUCACCUGACUACAAAAAGCGAUGUCUAUAGCUUUGGGGUGGUUCUGCUAGAACUCUUAACAGGCAGAAGAGCAGUGGACAAGACAAGGCCUAAAACUGAACAAAACCUAGUGGAUUGGGCGAGGCCAUAUUUGGGAAGCAGCCGAAGACUGCGCUGCAUAAUGGACCCAAGGCUAGCUGGACAGUAUUCAGUUAAGGGGGCCAAGGAAAUGGGUCUGCUGGCUCAGCAAUGUGUGAGCUUGAACCCAAAGGAUAGGCCAAAGAUGCCGAUCAUUAUUGAAACCCUUGAAAGCCUGCAAGGUUUAAGGGAUAUGGCCAUCACCUAUGGGCAGUGGCCAACUUCUGCUAAGACAGGCCAUAAUACUUUGGUUAAAGGAAGAAGGGAGGUCGGGUUUGGGUGUAAAAGUGCUGCAGUUGUUGCUGCCAGCCCAAGAAGCAAAUAAUUGUGUACUAUGAUGGUAUGCUAAGAGAAAGAUAUGUAUAAUUAAUUGUCAAUGUAGUUAACUAUGUGAAUAUGAAUGCAAAUGUUACAACAACAUAUAAAUAAUAUUGACCUUCUACAUAUCUCUGGCCUUC